CUUUCAGGAGCAACAGCCAGGGAGCCUAGUGCAGGUGGGCAGUGGCACCCCAGGCAAGCUUCUCCAGAGAUCUGCAGAAGGGCUCAGAGGGACAGGGUGCAGAAGAGGCCGGUCUACAGGAGAUGGUUCAGAGCAGCAGACCCAGGACACCCUUCUGGGAUGGAAGAAGUGUCACCCUUGGACUGAUGCUGCCUCCUUGCCCGGAUGUUUGACCCACAGCACAAAGCAGCUGCUACCUUCAGGUUGGAUGUGGAUGGACCCAGCCUGGGAUGGAUCCCAGGGACCUCUGCCUGGCACAGUCAAUGUCCGGGUACGGGAGCUAAGCUGGCAGGGCCAGCACAACCCCUCCCCACACAGCAAGGGCUUGGGCAGCCAUGGAAGCAUCCACAGGGAGCAGCUAAUGAAGGAGCACCUGUCUCCUGCCCGACUGCAGGCCCUGGCCCAGGUGGAUGACCUCCAAAUGGUGCGGGUGCUGGAGAUGUGUGUGGACACCCGUGAAAACAGCCUGGGGAACUUUGGAGUGCACCUCCCCAACCUGAACCAGCUGAAGCUGAAUGGUAGCCGCCUCACCUCGCUCAGAGACCUAGGCACCUCUCUGGGAAGCCUGCAGGUGCUGUGGUUGGCUCGUUGUGGCCUGACCGACCUAGACGGCAUUGGCUCCCUCCCAACACUGAAGGAACUCUAUGUCUCCUACAACAACAUCUCGGACCUGAGCCCACUGUGCCUGCUCGAGCAGCUGGAGGUGCUGGACCUUGAGGGCAACAGCGUGGAUGACCUGGGGCAGGUGCGAUACCUGCAGCUGUGCCCACGACUGGCCACGCUCACGCUGGAGGGCAAUUUGGUGUGCCUAAGGCCAGCCCCUGGCCCUUCCAACAAGGCAUCCCAAGGCUACAACUACAGGGCAGAAGUGAGGAAGCUCAUCCCCCAGCUGCAUACCCUGGAUGAGAUGCCUGCCACACACACACACCUGCCAGACACCCAGACGUUGAACCAGGACUGGCUCAUGGUGAAGGAGGCCAUCAAGGAAAGCAGCCUUCUAGACAGUCUCCUGCCCCGGCUAGAUCACUCCCCUGGAGCCACCAUGCAGAAACCUGACUCAGUGCUGCCCCUGUCAGAGACCCAGCCGUGGUCCCUGUCUCUGCUGGUCCCUGGGGGACACCUGCCUGAAGGCCUGCUUCCUGAGGACCCAGUCCCGGGAGACCAUGCCAGCAACCUCACCCACGGUAACUGCUCUGCCCCAGCCCAAGGCAAACCCUAUUAUGCCUCCACUCCAAACCAGGCACAGACACAGCUUCUUCUUCAGGUGCUUGGCAAGUCCUCUGUGGGAACCCCACCAAAGGCCUGCGAGAGCGUAGACACCAGUGCCAGGAAGGUGUCCCAGAAGAAAGGGGCUGCAGCUUUUCAGGACCCACUGAGGGCCUCUGAAGAACAGGAGGACCCGUUUGAGCCCAAGACUUCCCCCAGCCCUCCAAGCCUGACCUCAGGGCUUUCCAGGACCUUGUGCUGUCACCUGAUCCCUACUCCUCCCAAGUACCCAAGGCCACCUAAUUCAGGCAACAGCUCUCCAGAGGGGUCUGCUGACCUGCCCUUUAGAGGGCGCAGGCUCCGAGCCCUGGGAAGCCUGGGCCCCAACCCUGUCGACAGGCCUUGCCUGGGUCCAAGGCUGGCUACAGUAACAGCCCUGAGAGCCCUGGAGGUGUCCUCAGGCCCCGACCCUCGAAUCCAGGGGUGUCCAGACACAAACCUAGCAACAGAUCCAGCAGCUAGGCCACCAGGCCUCCGCUGUCUACCUCAUCUAAAUCCUAUCCCUCCAGCCCAUUCCCACCCUUAGCCCCCAACCCUGCCCCACUGACGGGCUUGCCUCACUGGGAGCUGAGGGGUGCCCAGAAGAUCUUGAGGACACUAUGAAGAUACUGGCCUCACAGAACUCCUCAGCAUCUAGUGGACAUAGGGACAGGAGGUGAGCCUGAUACUGGAGAGGCCCCUCUUGGUGGAGAGAAGUCCAGGACUUGGGAUAGCCAGGGGCAUCAGAGUUCAGACCCCACGUUAGAUCUGAGGGUUGGGAAGUCCCAGCUCCCUGCCAUUGCCUAGCCUACUCACCCCUCUCAUGGGAUCUGUUUCCCAGAAAGGAGGGACAGGUUUAAAGAGGCCGUGGCAAGGAAGAUGUGGGCAGGCUGAGGUAGCUGGGCUCUGUGGAUGCCCCCGACCCUGAAAGUACCUUCUUUGUUGCCCAUGGUCCAAGAUGUUCACCUAGACCUCCAAGGGUACACCCAGAACUCCCGUCCUCAGUGGCUUUGUAGGUUUCCUGCCUGCUAGGUUAGGGGUUAGAAGAUGGUUCUGUCCUCUUGGAACACGAUACUCCAGGAACCAGUCAAAUCAUUUUCAAGACUCAGGUGUUCAGAAAUGCUGUUUACUUUGUAGGCAAAGUUGGUUCAAUAAAUUAUGCAGCUGGCACUGCC